UAAAUUUAAUUAGAGAAAAAAAAUCUGUUGUUUGUUUUGUUGUUCGUAUUCAAAGGAUAAUUUAUUUUUAUUCUAUUUAUAAAUAAGUUUGAUAACAUUAUAAGAAUGGGUGAUGAGUAUGCAGCUGUAAAACGUGGUAAACUAAUACUCAAAGGCGAUAAACCUAAGAAUAAAAAGCGAAAGCAUAAGAAGAAAGAAAAUACCGAAGAUGAUAAAGUAGACGAGGACUGUAUAAAACACGGCGGUUGGUGGAGAGUUGAGAAAAUUGAGGAUAUAUCUGGUUCAAUAGCAAUUGAGUUUGGACGAAACGCGUUUAUUUUAGCUCUAGAUAAUGGUUUAUUCACCAUUGGAGCCCCACACGGCGAUGGUGAGGGUCCCUCCCCUGAGGAGAUAUUCACAGCAUUCCCUGCUGGUGAAAAUAAGUUUGCACUCAAGUCUGGGUAUGGAAAGUACUUAGGUGUGUCCAAGGAUGGUGUGGUAACUGGACGGUCAGAUGCUGUGGGUCCCAUGGAACAGUGGGAACCUGUGUGGCAAGAUGGCAAAACGGCAAUACUGAGUUCGCUCAACAAGUUCAUGUCAGUGAAUGAAGAUGACUCAGUAGUUGUCCACAGCAUCUCAGCGGGGGAAUCAGAAGUGUGCCAAAUCCGCAGCAACAAGAGUCGGGAGAUCAGUCGCACUGUUGUGGCUGAAGAGGAAGGGGAUUUGAAUGAAGUUGAGGUCAAUUAUGUAAAAAAGUUCCAGAAAUUCCAGGAUAAGAAGUUACGUGUGAAUGAUGGUGGUGCCAUAGAACUUAAGCGCGCCAAGAUGGAGGGAAACCUACAUGAAACUCUUUUAGAUAGAAGGAGUAAAAUGAAAGCAGACAGAUAUUGUAAAUAAGUGUAUGUUUAAGAUUUUAAGAUUAAAUAUCAAUAUACAACAUAAUCAUUA